CGGGUUUCAGCUCGAGUGCAGGUGGCGUGAGUGUGUGGUGUGUUGUGUUUGUUGUGUUGUGUUGUGUUGUGUUGUGUUUGUUGUGUGAUCGUUACACUCUGACAACUCUUACACUUUCUCAGUUUAAACCAGCGACUCUGUUGAAAUGGAGACUUUUAUUAAUCUGACCAAUCAGAGCCAAGGAAGGGACCGUAUUUUCAGGGCGACGCAGUACGCAUGCGCCUGGGCCAAGUAUCUGCUUCGGAAUGACGCGCAGAGGAAAGUUGUGGUGCAAAAGUUGACGAGUUUGGAGUCCAACAUGAGCGCAGGACGGAAGUUAUUCAGACUCGGGAAUACAGUGAGCUCGAUUGACGCAGCCAGGAGAACUCUGUACCAGCCCGACCCUGUGCUGCGGUUUUGCCUCACUGUAGCCAAUCUGAACCGCUCGCUUUAUUUCGUUUGCGAUAACGUCCUCUGGGCCAGAAGCAUCCACCUGAUCCAAGAUUUGGAUAAGGACCGAUGGAGCGUAAACGCCAACCGGUAUUACUUUUUCUCCUUGGUGAUGAAUCUUAUCCAGGACGCGUAUCUGAUCGGCCAGCUCAUGCUCCGCAAGUCUCGAGACGCACAACAUCGGCAGAAAGUCACCCGUCACCUCGACGAGAGCCAGGAUGCCGCAACGGUCAUAAUUCCACAGCUGGAUGCUUUCGUUUUCCUUCUAAUUGAGAGCCUCAGAAGUCACCCAGCUCUUGCUCUUGAUGCGCUGAAGAACGUAUGCGAUCUUUUCAUUCCGUUAGAUAAGCUAGGGCUUUACAGGACAAAUGAAGGGGUCACGGGAUUCUGUGGACUCGUUUCAUCGCUUAUCGGCGUACUGCUGCUCCUGAAGCCCGGUUUAAAAAACAAACCCUAAGAGAAGGAACUCUCUCUAACCCAAGGCUUGAAGCUCAGAGGAAAAGAACUUCAGUUCAGACAUCAGUUUAGAGUCUUGGAUGAAUCACUGUGGUGAGGGAGUAACUACCAGAGAGAAUAUUUGAUAUAUGAAUAAAAAUGAUAUGCUUAGUAAGUAGUUAUCUUUGUGCUGUGAAUCCUAAACGAGUUUUUCAGUUUGAAACUGAGCCGAUUUUAACACUCACUGUCCACCUGUAGACCUGCUCAUUUAUACAGUUAUCUAAUCAGCCAAUGUGGCAGCAGGACGAUGCAGAAAAACUAUACAGAUGCAGGUCAAGAGCUUCAGCUAAUGUUCCUAUCAAACAUCAGGCUGAAGUAAGAGUCUGAUCUCUUUGAUUUGGCUGGUGCCAGAUCUCCUGUAAUUUUCCCAUAAACUGUCCCUAGAGUUUUCAGAGAAUGGUGCGAAAAAUAAAACACUGAUUGAGCAACGGUUAUGUAUGGAACACCUUGUUACUGAGAGAUUAAUUAAGGCUGCCAAGAAAGAGAUCUCACUGUUCUAAUUACUCUUUACAGAUGUUAUGAGCAGAAAAGCAUCUCAACAUACAAAUAGCUGUAUCUUCAUGAUUUUAUGCGUUGCGCUACUGCUACUUGAAUGGCUGCAUGAAUCUUCACGUGUUUCUAAUAAAGUGGACAGCGGUCGGAUGUAUCCGUGUUAAUCAGUAGAGGUUUUAGCCAUUCACCUGAUGGGUGUGAGAUCACUCGUGAGUUAUAGGGUUUCAGAUCUUCACACUUAUCCUUCGUAAUGCACUUUGCAUAGGAGCUCCACAUUUUAACAAUGAAAUCAAUCACAGAACUGGUUCUUUUAUCAUCAAGUAUGAUCUUCUAUCAUUUAAUCUAUAUAUAUAAAACUAGGAAUAUAUUAGAUCUGAGAUCGUGAUUUACUUCAUAAGUUACACUACAUGCAGUAUUGUUUCUUAUAUGCAAUAAAUGUGAGUUUAAGUUGGUUUGACAAAUCCAACAUACUGAUCUUUUUUUGUUGUUGUUUUACUCCAACCAGCUGGCACAUAUGAUGGCAAUAAAUUCACAUGCUAGCAAA